AACCCUCAGGUCGUGCUGAUAAGGAGGUAAUGGCUGCCACCGUCCUGACAUCGCUAUCCACCUCCCCACUGGUCCUCACCCAGACAUCCUCAGCUGCAGUUCCGGAGUCGGCUAGCAGGGGGUGGAAGGAGGCGCUGUCGACCAGCUACAGCAGCUCCACCAGUGGCAACUGGAGCUGGGACACCAGCGACCAAUCAGUGCCCUCCACGCCAUCCCCACCCCUCUCCAACGAUGCCAGCAAGAGCUUCCUGCUCCCCUCCCAGGGUGAUGACGUCAUCGAGGACGUCACAGAGAGCACUCAUUUUCCGUUUGUGGACCCCAUACCCCGGAAGCGAAAGAACUCCAUGAAAGUGAUGUUCAAGUGCUUGUGGAAGAACUGUGAAAAGGUCCUCAGCACCUCUUCAGGGAUCCAGCGACACAUCCGAACCGUCCACCUGGGGCGGAACUGCGACUCGGACUACAGCGACGGAGAGGAGGACUUCUACUACUCGGAGAUCGAGGUCAACAUGGACAGCCUAUCAGAGGGCUUAUCCAGCCUCACGCCCACCUCCCCCACCACCUCCGGCCCUCCCCCCAUUUUCCCACCUGUCUCCAUCACCGCCUGUCUCCCUCGCUCUGAGCCCUCCCACAUCGCCAUGAGGGGGACACAUGGCCACGCCCCCACCCUGCUCAGCCAAUCAGCUCCCUCCGCGCUCUGCCAUAUUCGCACUGACCACGCAUACCAGGCCACUGCUCCUGUGAGUAUUCCUGUGUGUUCGGAGCAGGUUGGUGGGAAUGAUGGGAUUGGGAAUGGGGAUGGGAUCAGUGUGUCCUGGCAGUCAUCUCCUGUCAUUUUUAAAGGCUUACCGGGCCCUUUGACUCACACCCGCACGGUGAGCUUCGGGGAGAAGAGACAGCCUGCCCUUCACACACACACUACCAUCAGCAAGACACCCCCCUCUACAGCCCCCCUGCCCAAAUCAGCACCAGGAACCAGGAAACCCCGCGGAGAGGCAAAAAAGUGCCGGAAGGUGUACGGCAUGGAGAAGAGGGACAUGUGGUGCACAGCCUGCCGUUGGAAAAAAGCCUGUCAGCGAUUCAAUGAUUGAACCCCACUACAUCACUGGGAUGGACUCUUCCUCUGCCAGAGCUUCACUGAGGUGGAGUCUUCCACUGGGGAGAUGUGGGUGUUCUCCCUGAUGAAGCUGCUUAGAGCACGCACUGCUUCCUCCUGACCAGCAGGGGUCUCUCUGCUUGCUUCUCUUAAUCCUCAGACAGACAGCUAAACACACGAAACACAAAAACAAAUGGAUGAAAAAGGAAAAAAAUAUAUAAUAAUUGUGUAAAAGUAUAUGGCUUUGGAAGCAUAGGUAAUCCAAAAAAUGAUUAUUCAAAACGUGAUUCAGAAUGACAGUUUUGUUUUGUACUUUCUAAUUUUGCAUGCCUUCACUGUAGGGCAGUGGUUGAAGAUUUCAGAUAAGCUUUUUGGUAUUGUGUACUUUCAACAUGUUCUUUGCUGGUCCGAGUAUCAUGGAAGCUACUGUGUUUGAGUCUAUAAGAUCCUGAAACCACUCUCUUGUCAGCAUCUUUCAAUGUACCUCUGUUGACGUUUUAGAACUAAAACCAGAUUCACUUUGUGGCGUAUAUUUGAAUGGAUCGUUUCAACGGAGGUGCAUUGAAAGAUGCUGACAAGAGAUUUCAAUGGUCACGUUUCAAAUUUCAGCGGUCACUCUUUUGAAACGGACAGUAUGUCUACCAAAGGAAAACAGACACAGAAUCUCUCUAAAUUCACUCAGAAUUGAGAUGUCGCUUUUAUUAAGACGGAUGUUUGUUAUUCAUAUAACACAUCACAUGCUCUUAUGGGAAUUGAACUCAAAAAUUCCAAUCUCUUUGUUUGGGAAGUAAAUAAUGCAUAGCUUCACACCAUAAGCUUCCUGCAUCUGUUGCUUAUUCCAUCUUCUGGCACCAAAUGUCACACUUUGAUCCUUCAGAUUGUUCAGCGUACAUGCACCGUUUAUAGUUUCUCUUCCUAGACCUCUACACAGAUAUGCAGCUUUCAGAAACAACACAUCUUUCAACAGACCACAUGUAAACUUUGUAACCACACUGUUCACUCUCAUUUCUCACAUUUAACAGUUUAUUUUCAGUGAUUAGUUCCCAAGGCAACUACUGUAGUAGUUGCAAAGUGCAAUCACCAGGGUUUGGACCGUCUGGUCUUGCUUUGAUUAAUCACCUCUAUUGUUGAUUACAGUUAUCAAUAAUAACAUCAAACCCUCCUGUAGUAUUACUUGCUACUCAGUGUUCUAAAAUCCAUUUUCUGUGUACGUUCAUAGAAAUAUAAUGUCAUUCUAGUUCUCUGUGGGUACUAUACCUAGUCCUACUCAAACCUGACUCCCAGUUACUGCUCUUAACUGGUAUCUAAGGGUGUUGAAAUCUAAGUGUUUUUCUCAGAGGGAUUAUUUGUGUCCCAUGAAUUGUACCUGGAUUCCUGAUUCCACAAUUAUAUGGAUAUUUUUACACAGAUAAUUUUUUUAACUUUAGCUACUUACAUUUUUUUUUGCCAGCUCUUUGAAUGUAGUUUCUGCUGCCUCUCUCUCUCUCUCUCUCUCUCUCUCUCUCUCUCUCUCUCUCUCUCUCUCUCUCUCUGCUCCCAACACACUCUCUCUCUCUCUCUCUCUCUCUCUGCCAAUACUGACUACUAGCCAUGCCACAAGUUACAACAGCAGGACACACACAUGCAUGGUGCUACUUGUCCUCUUUCCUUAGGUUACCUUCAACCUAUUCUAUGACAAUCACAAUCUAAAAAAAAAGCCACAAUCUAUGACUUUCCGUUCUUUGGCCAUGUGACAAAUUUGUUGUCAUAGUGACAUCUCCGUUCUCAGCUGAUGGCAGUCACAUAUUCUAAUUGAUGUGACAUUAGUAGAAGGCCAUUCUAAGACAGCUGGGAAUGACUGUCAUUUGUUGUUAUUUGGGGACAACAAACAAACAAUCAAACCCACUGGAUUAAUUUUAGCAUGCCCUGUCAGUCUUUUCCUUGAUAACCAUUACCAACAGAUAUGGUCCUGCUCAUUGGCUGGUAACCCUGUCCGUCAGACAUUAUGUCCAGUAGUGUUUGAGAGAAGCUGGUUCUUACAGUAAGAAGCUCACUGGUCAGACUGGAGAGUAGCCCAGUAUUUAAUGGUCAGAAACUUCACUAAGUGCCAUUGAAAAGAACAUUAUGAGGAAAAAGGAUUUACCUAAAUAAAUUGCACUAACUUGCACUGCACAAAGACUUGCUUUUAUACAUGGAUUUUAUACACACAGAUUUUGAAGUGAAAUGAAAUUUGAGGUUGUUUUAUUUUGGAUCGUCACUGCCUUGGUGUCAAAAUGGGGUUUCAGGGAUGGGGCUUCGACACCUCUUGGGUCCCCCCAUAAGAACUUUUUGAACUGGUAUGUUUAGUUCUGUCUGUGUGUUUGGUGUACUCAGCCCCAUGGUGCCAACAAUAUUGCCUGGAAUCGUUUGGUACUGCAUAGUACAGCGGUACUUUGUGCUUCAGGGUUUCCCCUAGACUUUUCUAUUGUGGUGGUGCACCAAGAAGACCCCUGAAGUCACAUCUCAGAUGGUCUGCCUUAACUUGGUAAUAUAUGGGGAAACACUGGUCCAGAGGUAGCCCUCAAUUAGUCGAUGGUUGCUUGUUAUCUUCUUAAGAACAGAUAAGUCAUGGUGUUUCAACACUAUGGGCUUUCCUUACGUAACAUACUCAUACACCGCUUUCACAAACACUUUGUUUAGUCUUCCUUUGCCUAAAAGGCUCUUGCCUCUUUCACACUUUAUUGAGAUGAGCUAGUGUACAGAGAAUAGGUUUUCUUCCCGGACCUGACUCUUCUCCACCAAUCGAAACAUCAAUCUUGUGUUUGGUCCUACUGGCAGCAGAUUGGCCAUUCAUACGUUUGAGUACUUUUCAGAUCAAUCUACUUUGUCGUUCUCAAUCUCAUUCACACCCCUAUGCCUGCCACAAAACCCGCCUCUGGUAUUUAAUUGCACUAACGUGGUUUUAUGGGUCAUUGGCCAGUGCUAAUGAAGGGGAACAGUCUUUAUCCACUUGCUACUACCUACAUUGACAAACUGGAUGAAUCUAAGGAAGUCUCACCCACAGUAAGUUGACCUGGUAUGGAAUAGGGUAGGGUCAGGUGGGUUUGAGUGAUAACUGCCAUCCCUAUGGAGACCUGAGGUUUUGGAUGGUAGAGAGAGUGCUGAUUGGGUGUGUUUGGGGAACUGGGACUUUGUGAUAGGUGGAGAAAGAGUGGGACAAGCAGUGACGAUUAUUCGAGAUGGAUUUGUAGUUUCAGGGCUUUCCUGUACAUAUGCAACGUAAAGACAACCCUGAAACUUUUUUCAUAUAUUGUUUGUCUGUUAAACAAAAAUGAAACUUUGUAAGGUAGAAUUGCUCAGAUUCUUGGUGUGCGUAUUUGAGAAGCUGUAGUGAAUAUAACAUACACAUAUAUUGCAGUUCAGGGGAAAAGUGGCGAAAAAACGUAGAUGAAUGUAAAACCUACAAAAAGAUGAGCUUGUUUUUUUCUUUCUUGUUGUAAUGCUGGCUAGUUUCUACUGCCGCUAGAACACUGUUAGUGCUCUGACAGAAUGACGGCACAAACAGCACAAACUGUCAUUCUGUUGACAAACUUUACAUCUGCACUGUUCUUCAAGUAAAUGUGUUUUUGUAAAAUAUUCAGUGGAAAUUGUUCAAAGUAGUCCUUGUGCAUAGAGUUGUAUGGUUUGAUUAACUUUGCAAUCAUUGGUUUUGUUUGACAUACAUUUUAAAGUGAAAAAUCUUAGUCUCAGCAUAAUUCUGUUAUCAUGGAAUUGCCCUUAACCUUCUUACAUUGUGCAAUGAGACGCUUUAAUUCUAACAAAAACUAACUUGACCUUUUGGUGACCUUUCUGUGAGCCACCUGGUGUGAUCUAUUAUGAAUGCAUUUAAUGUCAUGUAGGCCUUUAUUUAGGCUGUUAUAAGGAGUCAUGAACUGUUAUGAAUGCUUAUAGCAGGCCAUAUACUGCACUACUUUAAUGCACAUAUUGAAUGUGUUUAUAAAGGUGUUGUGCAUUUGGUAAAGUGGUCAGAACCCACUGGAAAAACACUGCUUGAAUCAACGUUGUUUCCACGUCAUUUCAACAAAAACAUUCAAUGUGAUGACUUUUGAAUCAACGUGGGAAACUGAUUGGAUUUGUAAAAUGUAAGGGAAUUUCAUCACUUUUUCACCCACCUUUUAAACUAGAUCCAAUAACAUGGUGAAAUGUUUUGUUGAUUUCACGUUGAAUUCACGUUAGUUGACAACUCAACCAAAUGUAAAUCAAAACUAGACGUUGAAAGGACACCUGUACCCAGUGUAUAGGAACCGUGAGCUGUUGUGAAUGCUUAUGGCAAGUCUUAUAAUACACUAUGGAGUGAUCGACUGUGCUAUGAAUGCAGUCAUAAUCUAUUGUACACAGGCGUUUCAGAAAAUGUGCUACCUACUUUUUCUGUCUCCCUGCCAAAUAAGUAUUUAUCAGAAUACAUGUUGUCAUUGUCUUUUGUGGGAGACAAAUCACCUAGGCGGCUCGGGGAUUCAAACUCGCAACCUUUUGGUUAUUGGCCCAACACUCUUAACCGCUAAGCUACCUGCCACCAAAUUGUACCUGUACCUUUCCCUCUCACAACUUCAGUGACUGACUCUCUUCCUCCAUAUAUCUCCCAAUCUAUUUUUCUCUAUUUUUGAUUUUUUUUUCCUGUCUCUCUCUUUUAAACUAUCAGAAUUGAUUGUAGUCCCCCCUAAAGUCAAUACCCAGUAUAUUAAGCUAACCGAGCCCUUGAAAUGUGCAGAAAGAAAACCUUUAUUUCCUAAUGUUACAUCAUUCUAUCCUUUGUUUGCUCGUUGAAUGUCCAUGUUGAUGAGUCCAGCCCAGCAGCUCAGCAGCAGCAAAGCCAAUGGAUCUCCAUUCAAAUCAAAUGUAACACAUCGUCAUCACCAUGGUAGUUCCACUCAACUCUGUGCUUUUUCUUCUAUCGUGCUCUUAAACAACACACCAAUUUGAUCUGUUUGUCUUUCUGUCACUGCUUCACCUCUAUCUGUUUUUUUUUCUUUUUGUAACUGUCUGACUGUUUUUUUCUUGCUGUGCUGUGUCAGAGCAUUAUGGUUGGUGGGAGGGAAACAUACUUUCUUUUGGUUGCUUUAUUAUCUUGUUCAUAUUGAUUGAUUGAUUGAUGUUCUCUCAUUAUGUCUGGUGCAGAAGUGUGUUAUUGCUCAUGUCUGUCUGACAUGUGCUCGAGUGGAUGGGUGACUUGAUGUCAUGAUGAUGAUGUGAUGUAAAUGUGAUAGAGAGAAAAUAAAUGCGAAUGGAUUGGAACAUGUA